AUGUUGCAGAAAGGACGCGGAAAGGGCAAGGGCAAGGGCAAGGGUCCCGAGCUGACGUUCGACGAAAAGGCUAGGGCCGAAUAUCUGACGGGCUUCCGCAAACGAAAGCAGGAGCGCAAGCAGGCCGGUCGUGAGUAUCUCGCCAAAAAGGCCAAGGAAGAGCAGCUGGUGGCACGCAAGGAGUUGCGACAGGCGCGCAAGGAGAAGGCGGCCGAAAACGUGCGCGAGGCACGCAAGGCGUACGGCCUCGAAGCCGAGGGCGAAUCCGAUCUCGACGCCGACGACGCAUCCGACGAUGAGCAGCCCGACCAGGCGGACGCCGUGCCGCAGAUCCAGGAGGAGGAGUACGAUUCGGACCAGCACCACACACAUGUCGUCGUAGAGUCGUUCGAUCCGGAACAAGAGGCGUUUGCAAAGGCCAUCGAGAAUGCGCCAACGACCAGGAUCCCCAAAGCUAAUGGCCCAAGCCAAGAAAAAGAUCAUCCACACCAAGAAAAAGAUGUCGCGCAGAAAAGACUCCUCGUCUCGGGGCUCACAGAGUCGUUCUCGAAAGAGGAGCUAGUGCGACGCUUCUCCACUUUUGGCAGCGUGCUUGCGCUCGACGGGCUCGGCAAGCGCGACGCCCUCGGCCAGUUUCGUCCGUACGCCUACCUCACCCUGCGCGCACCGCAACAGCAGAUCCAGCGAUGCAUGAAUCUGCUCUCGGGCUCGGUCUGGAAAGGCGCUACGCUGCGCAUCGGCGAGGCUAAGCCGGACUUUCAACAACGCAUCCAGCAGGAAAACGAAAAGCAAAGACUCGAGGAUCAGCAACGCACCGCCAAAGUGCCAAGGCGAUUGCCGCCAGGCAUGGGAUUCGAGAGUGCCAGGAUGGAGCCGGUGGACGAGGCGGCCGUGGAGAGUGGUUCGGUGUGGGGAUGGAAGCGUACGCCAGCCGGACAUCUGGUGCGUCCAUUGCGUAUGCGUCCUGCCCAUCCGCUCCCGCGUCCCUCGCGAGCUUCGACGCUCGCACACGCCAACGCCAACGCCAACGUGCAGCAAGAGGACGCCCAGCCCGAGUCGAGUCGAGUCACGCGCGUCAAUCCACGUCCGCCCACCAAGGCGCAUCGCAUCACCAUCGAUCCGACGCGCUACGGCGCCAUCCAUCUCUCCGGUCCGCUGCUCGAGUCGCUUGCAGCCGAGACGGGCGCGGCCGAGGCGGGUUUCGAUGUGGCAUCGCUCGGAUCGGGCGAAUGGCAGUGCGAAGAGAUCGACGACGGCGCAGCGGAUGCGUCGCAUCGUCUCGUGUGCUGGCGAUACGUGGCGAAAGACGGCGUGGUGCUGCACGAGGAGUUCACCAGGCUGCCCGUUCGUGUCGUUGCCGCUGCACACGCUCGCAACGAGGAGGAUGUCGUGGAUCAGCUCGACUUUGACCGAUUUGCCAACGAUGCGGAUGGCGACCUGUUUGCCGGUUUCUCCUCGACCCUCACUCCUGCCAAGCCGGCGGCGCAUGCGCAUGUUGUUGAACCGGCUGCUGUUGCGGCCGAGGAGGUUGACACGGCGGACAUCGACGACCUCUUCAGUGGGCUGACGUCGAGCGCAGCGGGCACGAACGAUUUGUUCUCGGAUCUGCCUCCCGUGCCUGCCAAGCGAGCCAAGGUACAGACGCCCGCAGCGUCGGUUCCAGCACCAGCAGCGCCGAUCUCGACACCGACGCCCAAGACAAAGGGGACCUUUGUGCCAGGCCUGGAUCCGGAGGAGGAAGACGCGGCCAAUUUUUCCGACGGCUACGACGAGACCACCGCCGCUACUCCUGCAGCAAAGAUGGCAGAUGCGGUCGAGGAGCGACAAAAGACGCUCGCGCUGCUGGGCGAGAUGUUUGGCGCUUCCGACGACGAAGUCGCCCCCGCUGUGGUCGCUGCGCAAGAGGAGGAAGUCGAGCAAGAGUCGGAGUCGGGCGAAUCCAGCUCGGAUGCUUCGAUCAUAGGAUCGUCAUCGGAAGUGGAGGACGUCGAAGCAACACCGAGCAGUGACUCGAGCCCGAGCUCAGAUGCUGCGUCGGAAGUCGAGUUGCCCGAUGCCACCGACGCAGAAGUGAAGGAUGUCGCGAUGGAAGAUGCUGCUGCUGUCGAUGAAGUAGUUCCUGCAGCGAUGGAUGGCAAGUCUCGACGUGCUGCAUUCCUGCGUUCGCUAGCUACACCGGCUGGAUCGACGCAAGCAUCCGGCGGAAGUUAUGUGCCCAUUGCGCGCUUUGAUCCUGCAUCACUUGCGCCCUCGAUGCCACAAGAGUCGACACCAGUCGCUGCAGAGGUUCAGCCCGCGCGUGCGGUCACAGCCUCUGCUACGGGAGAGGAUGUUGGAUCCAAAGUCUCAAUGUCCACACUCAAAGAAAUGUUCCGACCCCAAGAACCUACCGCCUCGGCUGGGUUUAGCCUUGGUCUCGACGUCAAAGACGAUUCGGGCGCGGGAUUCUCCCUUCUCGACUCACUCGGUCUCGACCUGGAACUGGAAGAGGAACCCCUCGACGAUACGCCUCCACCAACCCUUGCCCCGAUCCAAACUCGAUACCCUGCUUCCGAGGUCGUCCACCAGCAGGAUGAACCCAAGAGACUUGCCCCCUUCUUCCCCAGCACCGCCGAGGCAGCCUGGAACGGUCCAAACGCCCAAGCAGCUGUUCUGCGCUGGAUGAGACCAAGGACCGAAGAGCAAAGGCAAGACGACUGGUCGAGGUACAAACAAAGCCUCACCCCAGCGGUCAAGAAACGUCACCGCGAAGCAGCACGCAAACACAAGCGCAACUUCAAGAGCCUCCCGCACCAGCAGCCGAACGCCGAGGCGAAUACGACGGCAAGGCGCGUCUAA